AUGUCUAAAGACGUGUUUGCAGACUUGCUGAAAACCUCCGGCAAGCCCAAGUCCGCGAUGCCCAUGGCGGCUCGCGCGAGCUCCGCCAGUAGUAAGCCGGCCACUCCCGCUGGCGGGCUUGACCUGGACUUCCUAGAUCAGUUUUCCAACAAGCCACAGACAACAACAACCACCACCAGCACUACUUCCCAGAAAGAUGAUUUCGAAAAACUGUUUGAUGUAUUUGACUCCAAGCCGUCGGCGGCUAAUGUGCAACCAAACCCCCCACCCAGCGUCUCCAGUUCCAGUUUACUCGACUUGGACGGCGACUUUGGGGCCUCCACAAGCACUCCGGAACUGCCAGCGCAACCAGCAGAACCACCACAGCAACCAAAACCAGCGACCCCAUCCACGCUUGACCAGCUCGUGGAGAUGGGCUUCUCCCAUGAACAGGCGUCGGAGGCGGUGCAGAACACAGACACUUUCGACGCCGCAAUUGGAUACCUUCUUGAUCAGGCUCACCAGAAAAGCAAGCCCAAGCCAACUGGGGAGACCAGACCACCUACGCAAUCGCGUGCCUCCGCCGAGUCAGAGGACCUGGGAGCUCUGGUGAACGAUCUUUCAGCCGAAUUCAUGUCGAAGGCCUCGUUCUUGCUCAAUACAGGAAGAAAGAAGUUGAAGCAGGGAAUUGAAAUGUACAAACACCAACAGAUGGAGCGUAACAACAACGAACCACUGUGGAUGAGAAACCAGAACAAGUAUAAACAGAACGGUUAUUCCGAAGAGGAAGAGAUCGAACGUGUGAAACGGUUUGAGCAGGAACGCAUCCAGAAAUCCAAAUCGCAGGAACAGGCUUCGCGACCAGUCACGCGCACUCCGUCGGUCGCCAGUUCGUCGCAAUCUCCAGCCACUCCGGCAGCGUCUUCUCCAGCUCCAAUGUUGCUGGACUUUGACGAGCCAGAUUCGUCUGUUCCUCCAGCAUCCUCUAAUCCAGGAAUCGACCUUUUCCAAACUGCAUCCAAACCAUUGUCGUCAGCGCCGGCUCCGUCCGAGUUCCAGUCUCUGAGAGAAAAGGGCUCAGAGUACUUCACAAAGGGAGACUUCACCAACGCUUUAGAGGCCUAUCAAACCGCAUUGGCACGGUUGCCAGAAAAUCACAGCUACAGAAUCAUAGCAUUCUCGAAUCUGGCAAUUGUUUAUUCGCGUCUUGGUAACGCAAAGGAGCAGCUGACUGCGGCAGAAAGCGGUAUUUCCCAAACGAAGACCGUCUCGCAAGAGUUGGUCCUGGACGAUAAACCAGUCAAGUCAUUCUGGAUCAAACUGGUGGCCAAGAAAGCAGAGGCUUUGGAGCAUUUGGAGCGGUUCAAAGAGGCCCUGGAAACAUAUAACUUGCUGCUCGAAAAUGGAGGCUUCUCCAAACAGAUCUUGGAAGCCAAACGGAGAUGUGCAGACGUAAUUGCUCCAAAGCCAAAACCUAAGCCAGCGUCUUCAAAGCCAGCAACUAGACCAACAACUAAAGCUUCAGACAAAUCAUCAAACCUCUCUAGAGUCCAGGAGCAUAAUCGGAAACAAGAGUCUCUCGAAAACGAGAAGUUUGCCUUGCAUGACAAAGUGGAGGCUCAAUUGCAAAACUGGAAGAACGGUAAAGAGGAUAAUUUGCGUGCCCUAUUGUCCACAUUGAACCAGGUGUUGUGGCCCGAACUCGGAUGGAAGUCAGUGGGACUGACAGACCUGGUGCUCAACAAUAAAGUGAAAAUAGUGUACAUGAAAGCCGUUGCCAAAACCCAUCCUGAUAAACUGGCCGGAGAAACUUCAACAGAGCGUAAACUGAUUGCAAAUGGGGUUUUCAUCACAUUGAACCAAGCAUGGGAUAAGUUCAAAGAACAGAAUAAAUAA